AUUGACUGUAAAAAUUCCGAAAACCCUAAAAACGAAAGCUAUCGAGCAUCGUCGUCCCCAACAGCCGAAGAACUGAAACUAGAAGAAGACUCUCAGUAAUCGAGAAAUGGGUAAGGUUCACGGUUCAUUGGCUCGUGCCGGUAAGGUGAGAGGUCAGACACCUAAAGUGGCUAAGCAGGACAAGAAGAAGAAGCCUCGUGGUCGUGCUCACAAACGGUUGCAACACAACCGCCGUUUCGUCACCGCCGUUGUUGGUUUUGGCAAGAAGAGAGGACCCAACUCAUCAGAGAAGUAGACAACAAGGUUUUACUCUUUCAGAUUUCGUGGGAUGUUUUUUGUAUUGUGUUUCUCAUCGGCUUAUAUCAUAAGUUCUUGGAUUACUCGCUUAUCAUACACUAGAUUCUGAAGGAAGUAAUAUUCAUUUUAUCCGCAGCUUUAUUUUCUUUGACGUUGAACCCAAAUAAUUCUCACAUCUUAAACUUGUUAUGUAUUUGUCUCUGGUCUAUGUUAUGUAUUCGAAACCAACUGAACAAUCAACUUCAUAUCUCAGUCUUCUAAAACC